AUGACCGACCCACGAAUUGUUCUUAUCACCGGUGGCAAUACUGGCAUCGGCUACGAAAGCGUCAAGGCUUUGUAUGCUUCGCCACAACCGCACACCAUCCUAAUGGGUAGUCGCUCCCUCGAGAAGGCGGAAAAUUCAAUCUCCAAGCUCAAAGCCGAGGUCUUGGAGUCCGAAUCGGAGGUCGUACCGAUACAGAUCGACAUUGAAGACGAUGCAUCUAUUGAGAAAGCGUUUAGAGAGGUCGAGAGCAAGUAUGGAAGGCUUGAUACUUUGGUCAAUAAUGCCGGUGGAUCAUUCGACGGCAUCAUGCGCGAAGAUCCUAGCCCCAAGGGCAUCCGCGCAGCUUGGAAUAAAGCCUACUCUCUUAACACAACCUCCACCCAUGUGAUAACACAUGUCUUUGCGCCCCUCUUGAUCGCCUCCUCUAAUUCUAGGCUUAUCUUCAUUACCUCUGGUCUGUCCUCUUUAGAGAAUUGCUCCGGCAGUUUUGACUCCAAGCUCCUCAACACGCCACCGCCAAAGGGCUGGCCUAAGCCACCAUCCAUGGCUCAAACAGCAUAUCGCUCUAGCAAGACUGCUCUGAAUAUGCUGAUGCUGCACUGGGCGAAAACUCUUGGCGUGGAUGGUGUCAAGGUAUUCGGUAUCAGCCCCGGGUUUUUGGCUACAGGACUGGGGGGUGCGGGGCCGGAAAUGAUGAAAAGAUGGGGUGCUGGCGAUCCAAGCAUCGGUGGUGGCUUUAUCAAGGAUGUUGUCGAAGGACAGAGAGACGAUGAUAGCGGAAAAGUCAUUAACAAGGAUGGCGUGCAGUCUUGGUAG